AUGGCUUUCGCCGGCCGAGGAGUGGGGGGCGUCGCCCGGGGGGCGCGGAGCCGCGGCCGGGGUGGGGCUUGUGCGCCCCGCGCGGCCGAGCGAGGCGGCCGUGCCCGCCCGAGCGCGCGGCCGGCCGAGCGUGUGCGAGUGUGCGUGUGCGCGCGCGUGCGGGAGUGUGUGAGCACACGCCUUCGGGGGGCUGGAGUGACACUGCAGUGGGCUUCUCCCUGGCGCCCGCCCUCCGGCGGCUCUGCCCCACGCCUGCCGGCCCCGCGAUUGCGAAGCCGCGUGUCUCCCUCUUCUGCCCGAGUCUCCCUGUCCGUCCACCCCUCGCGGGUCUUACUUUUCCCUUUACCCUGGGCGGGGGGCUGCCGGCCGCCCCGCCACCGGUGCAAACACCCAAACAGCCUCCCGUUCGCUCCUCAGUCAAGAGUGCUGCUCUAG